AUGGCUAUAAAAGCCCACAAGGGUGAUGCCGAGGGAUUAGGAAGAGCAGGAGGAAGUCCGGGACUCGCGACGGGACUGGGACCCGCAGCGGGAGUAGGUAGUGGGGGAGGAGGUCGGGGACUCGCAGCGGGACAAGGAGGAAGCCCGGGAGGAGGGCCGGGACCAGGAGUCGCGGCGAGGAUAGCAGGCAGGACAGGGAAGUUGCUCGGUGCCUACGGGUCCCGACUGCUCGCUGCCUUCUUUGAGCCCAGUACCGACGUUCGCAGGGGGGAUACCUGGAUACUACUGGGGGUUUACCUGAAUACUUCUGGCGUGUUACCUGGAUCAGUGAGGAGUGGGGGUGAAAUUCCUGAUAAUCUUGGAGGGGGUGUGGGACGCGUUCGCAGUGUGGGCCGAGGAGUCAUAACAUCCCAGUCUGCCUCCUCCCUUUCUCCGGUAAGACCAGAUGACUGGUUCGUCCGCUACUCUUAUGUUGGCCCUACCUUGGCCAACGGGAAGUCGGCGACGCUCCAGACUGGAUGGCAUGAUGUGGUGGUACCGAAGGGAGACAUCCGAAGGGGAAGAGGGGCCGAGCCUCGCGAAACUUAG